CGCGCUCAUUAUUAGUCCACAAUAGACCCGCGCAAUCGCCCGCGCCGCCAGUUCGCACGACAGAUCUAGAUCGCUGCGCACGGUGCUGUAUCCAUAAAAUAUUAUUGAAUUAUUGCACCAGUGCCCUGAGUGAACAUUUCUGUGCCGGAGCAUUAAUAAAGCUGUGAAAAUGGAGACGUUGAAUAGGCUAGUGGCGGGCUACCAUGACCUGAUGGACAACAAAAGUGACCCUAGGGUCAAAGACUGGCCCCUUAUGUCGUCCCCUCUGCCUACGCUGGCGAUAUGUCUCACAUAUGUGUUCGUAGUCAAAGUGGCGGGGCCAAAAUUUAUGGAAAACAGAAAACCGUAUGAACUCAAACAAGUGCUUAUAUGGUACAAUUUAUUUCAAGUGCUCUUCAGUAUCUGGUUAUUUAACGAGAGCAUAGCGAGUGGAUGGUUCACGACGCAUAGUUUCCGAUGCCAGCCUGUGGACUACUCACGGUCACCAAUGGCAAUGAGGACGGCGUCCGGAUGUUGGUGGUACUACUUUUCGAAAUUCACGGAAUUCUUUGAUACUAUCUUCUUCGUGAUGCGAAAGAAGUUUGACCAUGUGUCCAAGUUACACGUGAUCCACCAUGGCAUCAUGCCGAUGUCCGUGUGGUUCGGUGUCAAGUUCACACCAGGUGGUCACUCAACUUUCUUCGGCAUGCUGAAUACAUUUGUACACAUCAUUAUGUACUCGUAUUACCUCCUGGCCGCUCUCGGACCUAAGGUGCAGAAGUACCUGUGGUGGAAGAAAUACCUCACCGCACUGCAGAUGGUCCAGUUCGUGCUUGUGUUCUUCCACACAUUCCAGCUGCUGUUCACGGAGUGCGACUACCCGCGCGCCUUCGUCUGGUGGAUCGGCAUGCACUCCGUCCUCUUCUACUACCUCUUCUCCGACUUCUACAAACAGGCUUAUCUGAAGAAGGAAAAAGCUAAAAUGGCCAAAGCGAAAGUAGCAGCGGAAGCAGCAAAAUCGGAAUCUAAAGACAUGAUGUACCCACUCCUGAACGGAUUCAGCAAUGGCGCCGCGCUUGGCGACGUGCGGCAGCGAGUCGCCGGCGCCGUCGCCGCGCAGUGAUAGUCACCACCGCGCGCCCUUAGAUCCUAGGACAAUCCACCCGCAACCACGGGGGUGCUACCCACUCCAAUAGCCAACUCUGGAGGGCAACCGCGAACCACGUUCGAAGUGUUGCCUCCCAGUCACACUUACGUACAAAUUUACAAGUGCGACAGAGAGGCAACACGUCGAACGUGGUUCGCGGUAGGCCCUCUGCUCCUUACUCCGGUAACCAAGCGCUACCGGAGAGCGAAAGGAGUAGACGUUUCGCAUUCUAUGUGGCCCUUAAAUAAGAGUGCCUGAUGAAGAAAGCUCAAUUAGGUAAUCUUAAGUUAUUGUUAAUAAUUAGUUUUAGAAUUGUUAUAAAGUAUCAGUGUAGAUAAUGUUGUGUGACUGCGUAAUUUACAACGUA